ACUGUCAGAAAAGAAAGUGCAGAGACAUUUCUGCACACUGCAGCCAACAGUAGAGCAUUGCAUAGAAACAACAGACGGAUAAUCGCGAGAGGAGAUGGUUAAUUAAUUCAUGCUGGAAGGGGGAGAUGUUGCCACUGAGUAAAAAGGUUCAAGUGCUGUGUGUACACUGCUGCCUGUAGCUUUGUGCUCGUGCAGCGUGCCAGUAAAAGGGUUUGUCCUCUGACCAUCUGAGAAGCUCACGAUAUCAUCACCUGGAUUACUGGAGGUUGCUGUGGUUCAUGGACAGUCAGUUCUCUUCUGUGUGAACUUCCCUGCAGUGCAAAUCGCAACCCCUUCCUGUCGCACCUUGUCCGUUUCACCUUGACUCUUCACUCGUGCCCUCGCAUCUCUCUGUUCCUGCACGUCCCCACUCCAGCACCACCUUAUUGCCAUCUGGUCACUGAGGGAAUUGGGAUGAUGCCAGUCACGCACAAUUCUGUUUCCUAUUUCAACCAGGGCUAAUCAGAGGCAUCUCCAAACACCUCUCCUCGCCACACACACUGCGGCUGACGAGAUGGGUGACAGUAGCUGGGUGUGUCUGAGCCCAGCCGAGUUCUCCCAACUUCAGCAAUACAGCGAGUAUUCCUCUAAGAAACUGAAAGAUGUGUUGCAGGAGUUUCAUGGAAAUGGUGUACUCUCCAAAUACAAUCCAGAGCAGCCUAUUGACUAUGAGGGCUUCCAGCUCUUCAUGACCACCUACUUAGAGAAUGACAUCCCAGAGGAACUGUGCCAACAUCUCUUCACUUCGUUCAAGAGUAAGACCGGAACAAGCAGUUCCCCUGAUGUUCCACGCACGGGAGCAGCGCUGCUUGAACCCAAGUCGAUUGAUGCAGGUAUCUCUAUUCAGACAGAAGUGGCCUGCGCUCCUAUAACAGGGAUGAAUGGGAAAAGUAUUCUCAGCGCCAUGGGAAGACACACUCCAGAGCACCCAGCUGGUGUAAUGUCAGGAUCAGGUGCCACCACCUCGCCAUGCUCCUCCCGCUCCUCCUCGCAACGCUCAGGCACAGGGGGUCAUACUCCUCAUCGCUCGCCCAAACCCUCAGCAGGCAGCAGCUGCAAUGCCCUGGCACCCUCCAAGAGUGCCAACUCUCCUCGACUCUCCCCAGAACAAAGUCGAUCAGACAAGGGGGUGUCUCUGAGGAAAAGUCCAUCCCCUCAGAAGAUUUCUAUCCCAUCCUCGCCACAGAUCGUCUUCCUGAAAGACAUUGUGUGCUACCUCUCUCUGCUGGAGCGAGGGACUCCAGAGGACAAACUAGAGUUUAUGUUCCGGUUGUACGACACGGAUGGCAAUGGCCUGCUGGACAGCUCAGAACUGGAUCGUAUCAUCAAUCAGAUGGUCCAUGUAGCAGAAUACCUGGAAUGGGACUCAACAGAGCUGAAGCCGAUCUUGAAGGAGAUGAUGGAGGAGAUUGAUUAUGAUCAUGAUGGAACAGUUACACUAGAAGAAUGGAUCAGAGGAGGAAUGACCACUAUCCCCUUGCUGGUAUUGCUGGGCAUGGAGACGAAUGUACAAGAAGACGGGCAGCACGUAUGGAGACUGAAGCACUUCAACAAGCCAGCGUACUGUAACUAUUGUCACACUAUGCUGUUAGGAGUGCGCAAACAAGGCCUUUGCUGCUCACUAUGCAAGUACACAGUCCACGAGCGCUGUGUGUCCAAAGAUAUUGCUGCUUGCAUCAGCACCUAUGCCAAGUCCCGUAGACACACCAAUGCUAUGCAGCAUGUAUGGAUGGAGGGCAAUUCUCCUACCAAGUGUGAUCGAUGUCACCGCAGUAUCAAAUACUACCAGGGUCUUACUGGGCUUCAUUGUGUUUGGUGUCAAAUAACUCUCCAUAAUAAGUGUGCAUCUCAUGUGAAGCCAGAUUGUGAUGGUGGAGCAUUGAAAGACCACACCCUCUUGCCAUCUUACAUCUGCCCUGUUGUAUUGGACCGUCACUCAGUAGUAAAAAGAGGAGAGGGUGAGUCGCCCCCCAACACCAGUCCUGAUGACUCCAACCAGUGCUUUAAGUUCACUGGAGAUGGUCAAGCACUACAGAUCAACCCUCUUCCUGGAACACAUCCUCUACUGGUGCUGGUUAACCCAAAGAGUGGUGGUCGACAGGGAGAAAGGGUAUUGCGGAAGUUUCAGUACCUGCUUAACCCCAGACAGGUUUACAGUCUAGAUCGUGGAGGACCAAUGGUAGGAUUAAACUUUUUCCGUGACGUGCCUGAAUUCCGAGUAUUGGCCUGUGGAGGAGAUGGAACAGUAGGCUGGAUCUUGGAUUGCAUUGAUAAGGCUAAUUUUGCCCGCCACCCUCCUGUCGCCAUCCUCCCGCUGGGUACUGGGAAUGACCUGGCACGCUGCCUCCGCUGGGGUGGAGGCUAUGAGGGAGGCAAUCUUCUCAAGUUCCUCAGGGACAUAGAGCACAGUAGUGAGGUGGUGCUGGACCGCUGGAACAUUGACAUUUCCCCUGAUGACAAGGAGGAAAAGGGAGACCCUGUGCCAUACAGCAUAGUUAAUAACUACUUCUCCAUUGGAGUGGAUGCAUCAAUAGCUCACCGAUUCCACUUGAUGAGGGAAAAACAUCCUGAAAAGUUCAACAGCAGGAUGAAAAACAAGCUCUGGUACUUUGAAUUCGGCACCACAGAGACCAUUUCAGCCACGUGCAAGAAGCUGAAUGAGAGUGUGGAAGUGGAGUGCGAUGGCAUCAUACUGGACCUCAGCAGCACGUCUCUGGAGGGGAUAGCUGUGCUGAAUAUUCCCAGCAUGCAUGGCGGCUCCAACCUGUGGGGAGAGACCAAGAAGAGGCGCAACUACAACCGAAUGAGUAAGAAACUACCUGAAAGGAUGUGUGUCAGCACCGUCACUGAUGCCAAGGAACUUAAAUUCUGUGUGCAAGAUCUGAGUGACCAGCUGCUUGAGGUGGUGGGCUUAGAAGGGGCCAUAGAGAUGGGCCAGAUCUACACAGGCCUCAAGAGUGCUGGUCGACGCCUCGCCCAGUGUGCCAGUGUUACCAUCAGGACAUCUAGACCGCUGCCUAUGCAGAUUGAUGGGGAGCCAUGGAUGCAGCCUCCAUGCACGAUACGAAUUACACACAAGAAUCAGGUGCCCAUGUUGUUGGGUCCUCCGCAGAAAACUCCCUUCUUCUUCUUCAAGAAGCGCAACAGAAGUCGGGACUAGACACCUUUAAUACACACACACACACACCUUCACUAAUCUCAGCCACUGUAUCUACUCUGCUGGGGUGGUGAAGAUGGACCUCUGAGAAAGAAAAAAAAACUAGUACAGAAGUCCAAUUCUUUGGAGAUGGACAACAAUUAAACUCAUACCUUUAUCUUGCAUGGACACAGGACUCUGAUGCCUGUAGUAGCCUAGCCAUUAGAGACUUCAGUGACUGAAGAAUCCAACCCAGCAUCUUGACCAAUUCCUGUGUGUUUGAAUCUCUGAUAUUCCUACAGUGAGCUGUACAGACUGUAUAUUUUUAAUCAUUCCUGCCAGAGACAGGACCACCAGACCACUGACUUUAUCAUACUGUAUUUGCUCUCUCACUUCCUGUGAGUGGGUUCCUCAGACUAUACUGACUUGCAGAGAGAAAAUGGAAGGGAUAAAUGACGAAUAAACUAAGGUACUCAGGAACAUCAAAAAAGAGUGCUACAACUACAAUGUCUUACAAAAGUAU